CCGACAUCCAUCCAUCCAUCAGUCCAUGACACGUAUCCUAUAGUCACUCACUACAUGUCGUCCAUUGUUCACAUUCAUCAAUACACACAGUGUCAUCAUGGGUUUCAUUUCUUGAGUGUCGGUUUCGCAAUGCCAAGCUCAAUAAGACACAAAACAGCGUCACGGACGCUCUCUUCUAAUGGCCGAUACUCAAUGCCCAGCUCCUCUAUGCUCCUGCACAGACAGGCAGACAGACAGACAGACAGACAGACAGAGAGACAGGCAGACAGACAGACAGCCGCGUACAUGCAGAGGAUGGCCGACGUUGAAUGGGUGUGUGCCUGCCUGGUGUUGUCGAAGGCCACUGUCAUCUGCAGCUCGUCAAGGUUGUCGGGCACCUCAAACGCAUACUCAGGGACGGUCUGCUGCGCCAUCGAUGCCAGGAUGCCCGCGGGAACUGCAGCCAACCAGCCAGCCAGCCACAAUCAGCAAACAUGCUUCAAUGACCGUCGCCAUCUGACCGAAUUCUCUGCCGGCCAGCAAGUACCGCUUCCCAUCGGUAUUGGGGCGCUCGGCGGCUCGAAUGUGCGCAAGUGCCUGCAGACACACGCAUGGACAUCACAGCGCCAGAGAUGCCGGUGUGUGUGUCGUUUAUGUGCAAAAAGACCGUUUCUCGCACGUCAACGAUAGGAGCUAGGAUUUCCUUGUAGAAGGCCCCUGCGGAUCAACAGCCACCCGCAGCACACACAACAAUGGAAGGCUCGCCCAUGCAGCAGGCUUGCCCUUUCUCCUCACCAUGUUCGACAAGCGAGAUCCCCCACUCGACCGACAAUGUGUCUGGCUUCCGAGAAUUUGGUGGGCCGAUGACGAGGCCUGGCAAGAUGGUGGUCAGCGGAAUGCCGCUCUCCUCGGAAUACCUCCACCCGACCUUCUCGGCUUGCACCUGACGAUUGAUGCUCUUGAUGAUGCAGGACACUUUCGCGUGUGCCUGUGCGUCUUCUUGCCUUGGAAUAGUGGUACGGCGAGAGCUUGCCUCUCCCCUCCUUCUCGACCUUUUGCUGGAAGGCCGUCAAGGCGGCCGUCUUAUCCGCAUCGUCCAUACCACGCAGAGUGCCUUUCACAUGACAGCCUGCACCACGCGGGUGGCAUAGGUGUCAUGCAGGGAAUCAAGUAGUCUUGCUCACCUUUUUGGAGCAGUUGCUCCACCAGAUGCAACGCGAUAUAUCCUGAAAGAUGUAUGCCACCCCAGUUGUGCCACCCAAAACAGGAAUCAAUCUGUAUGGUACUUUUCUGCUUACCAGUCGCCCCAGUCACGCACACGGUUGCCCCGUCGAGAGGCGAUGCUUGUCCUCCCUCCGGCAUCGAUAUCCUGCAAAAAAGUGAAGGUC